AUGGCCCCUAUUUACCGGAAGGCCCUCAUUUUAGGUGCUACGUCAGGCAUAGGCGAGGCCUUCGCUGCCAAACUCAUAUCCCAAGGCACUCAUGUCAUUGUCGUUGGCCGUCGGGAGGACCGGCUAGACGCCUUCGUUCAGACUCACGGUAACAAAAAGGCCAUAUCCCAUGCUUUCGACUUGAGCAAUCUGGCUGCCAUCUCGGAUUUCGCGCGGACUAUUACCAGGGCUCACCCAGACCUGGACUGUGUAGUUGUCAAUGCCGGUAUCCAACGAGCAUUUGACUUCACAGCGCCGGAGUCCGUCGAUCUCUCCCAGCUCGAUCUUGAGGUUACGACGAAUUAUACCUCCGCAGUUCACAUCACUACCGCCUUUCUCCCCCAUCUCAGGACCAAAGACAGGGCACAUCUAAUUUUCGUGUCGGCUACUCUUGGCCUCAUCCCUUCCCUCAUUCGAACGCCGAAUUACUGUGCCUCCAAGGCAGCUUUGCAUGCCUUCAUCAUGGCAGUGCGCCAGCAGCUCGUUGAAGGUGGCCAGGGAAAUGUGAAACUCAUCGAGGUUUUCCCUCCGGCGGUUCAGACUGAGCUGCACGAUACCAAACACCAGCCUGAUUUAGUGGAUGGCGGGGAGAUGGGAAUGCCACUUGAUCAGUAUACUGAAACUAUGUACGAGCGUCUACAAAGCGGUCUCGAUCAGUUUGCGAUUGGGCCAGGAGAAGGGUUGCUGAAGGAAGGGGGUUGGGAGGAUCAGCGUCAGAAACUGUUCCAGGAAGGCAAUGUGACCAUCCAGAAGUCGCUGAGUAGGUUUCUGAAAAAGUAG